AUGGCAUCGCGGGCUCUCGUCCCGUUUCUCGUAGCUAUGAUGCUAUUGACGGGUGAUAUGCAAUGUGUCGCAAACUGCGACUCCAAAGACCCUUCAAAGCGAUCCUACUUUAACCAGCCGGUCCUCCAGACGGCGCAGAUGUUUGUUGGUGAGAUGGGCUGUUGGUUGGUAGUAGGGCUAAUGAACCUCUAUCGCCGAUUCGGUCCUGGAGCAUCUCGCGAGGGAUACGAAGCUGUAAAUACCAACGACACGGACGACGCGAACACUGCACUUGUUGCGAACUCUGAUGGGAGACCGAAGCCGCCGAGCGACGAAGGCAACGGCGCCAUUCUCCGCGGACCUCGUAUCCUCUUGCUGGCACUCCCUGCUGUCUGCGACAUUCUUGGGACAACAUUGAUGAAUAUCGGCCUGCUCCUCGUUGUUGCCUCGAUCUACCAAAUGACUCGCGGCGCUCUUGUUCUCUUUGUUGGGCUGUUCAGUGUCAUCUUCCUUCGCAGACAUCUCUAUCUCUUCCAGUGGUUAUCUCUUGUGGGUGUUGUUUUCGGUGUUGCCAUCGUCGGCCUGGCCGGCGCCAUCUAUCACGAGGACAAGAACACACAGAGUGCCGAGGACGAAGGUGCUCCGACGUCCAACGCACUGCUCUCUGUCAUCGGUGUGUUGUUGAUUGCUGGAGCCCAGAUAUUCACAGCGACCCAAUUUGUGCUAGAGGAGUGGAUCCUCGAAAGAUCAGCCAUAGAACCCAUCAGGGUUGUCGGUUGGGAGGGUCUAUUCGGCUUCAUCGUUACAGUCAUUGGCAUGAUUGUCCUGCACCUCGCUAUCGGUCGCACUGACGCUGGUCAUAAUGGGUACUUUGACAUGGUUGAAGGCUGGAGGCAGCUCACAGAGAAUCGAGCCAUCGGUGUGUCCAGCGUACUGAUCAUGAUCAGUAUCGGUGGAUUCAACUUCUUCGGGCUGUCCGUUACGAGGAGUGUCUCCGCCACUUCCAGAUCCACCAUCGACACUUGCAGAACGCUCUUCAUCUGGAUCGUCUCUCUCGGCUUGCGCUGGGAGACAUUCAAGUGGCUGCAAGUCGCUGGUUUCGCCCUCCUCGUCUACUUUACGUUCCUCUUUAACGGCAUCGUCCAGCCCCCUUUCAAGUUCCUCGUCCCGGAAGAAGAGGUAGAGGAGUUGUUACCGGAAGACCCUAUCGAACACCAGUAG